AUGAUUAAUAUACCAGAAGAUGCAGAAAAUUCUCGGCUUUCUCGUGACCUAAAUUCAACGCAACGAAAUCAACCAAAUGAACCUGAUAUUUUUUAUUUUUAUUUUGAUUAUCUUCGUCGUCGUGAUCUUGAUUAUGAUGACUAUGAUGAUGAUGUUCUUGGUAGUUAUUAUGAAAAUCGUUAUCGUAGCGCUCUUGAUCGUAUUGAUUUGCGUGAUAUUCUUGUUGGUCAUGGUAUUGAUAUUACAUGUUUUGCUAAAGAGAACUCUGAUCUUGUUCUUCAUGAUCGUCUUGAACGUUGUGGUCUUAAUGACGCUUGGAGUGAAGAUUGA